CCGGCUGCAAGCUGAGCGGAGCGGCGCGGAGGGCGCGACCGGCGGUCGGGGCGCAGCCUUCGGGGGCUCCAGUCCGCGCGCCAGGGCGCGGGUAGCACCGCGGGCCCCUCGGGCAGGCCCGGGCUCGGGGCGCCGGGACCAUGGCGCUGCGCGCCCGGGCGCUGUACGACUUCAGGUCGGAGAACCCGGGCGAGAUCUCGCUGCGGGAGCACGAGGUGCUGAGUCUGUGCAGCGAGCAGGACAUCGAGGGCUGGCUCGAGGGAGUCAACAGCCGCGGCGACCGCGGCCUCUUCCCAGCCUCGUACGUGCAGGUGAUCCGCGCCCCCGAGCCCGGCCCGGCGGGCGACUGCGGCCCCGGCGCUCCCGCCCGCUACGCCAAUGUGCCGCCGGGCGGCUUCGAGCCCCUGCCCGCUGCGCCUCCCGCCUCUUUCAAGCCUCCACCCGACGCCUUUCAGCCGCUGCUGCAACCGCAGCAGGCGCCGCCACCGAGUACCUUCCAGCCGCCGGGCGCGGGCUUUCCGUACGGCGGGGGCGCCCCGCAGCCGUCGCCCCAGCAGUUCUACGGCGGCUACCAGGCCAGCCAAGGCAGCGACGAUGACUGGGACGAUGAGUGGGACGACAGCUCCACGGUGGCCGACGAGCCGGGCGCGCUGGGCAGCGGCGCGUACCCGGACCUGGACGGCUCGUCGUCGGCGGGCGUUGGCGCGGCGGGCCGCUACCGCCUGUCCACGCGCUCCGACCUGUCGCUGGGUUCGCGCGGCGGCUCCGCGCCCCCGCAGCACCACCCGUCGGGGGCCAAGAGUUCGGCCACCGUGAGCCGCAACCUCAACCGCUUCUCCACCUUUGUCAAGUCGGGCGGGGAGGCCUUCGUGCUAGGCGAGGCAUCGGGUUUCGUGAAGGAUGGGGACAAGCUGUGCGUGGUGCUAGGGCCAUACGGCCCCGAGUGGCAGGAGAACCCCUACCCCUUCCAGUGCACCAUCGACGACCCUACCAAGCAGACCAAGUUCAAGGGCAUGAAGAGCUACAUCUCCUACAAGCUGGUGCCCACGCACACGCAGGUGCCAGUGCACCGGCGCUACAAGCACUUCGACUGGCUGUACGCGCGCCUGGCUGAGAAGUUCCCGGUCAUCUCCGUGCCCCACCUGCCCGAGAAGCAGGCCACCGGCCGCUUCGAGGAGGACUUCAUCUCCAAACGCAGGAAGGGCCUGAUCUGGUGGAUGAACCACAUGGCCAGCCACCCGGUGCUGGCGCAGUGCGACGUCUUCCAGCAUUUUCUGACUUGCCCCAGCAGCACCGAUGAGAAGGCCUGGAAACAGGGCAAAAGGAAGGCCGAGAAGGAUGAGAUGGUGGGCGCCAACUUCUUCCUGACCUUGAGCACGCCCCCUGCCGCCGCCCUCGACCUGCAGGAGGUGGAAAGCAAGAUCGACGGCUUCAAGUGCUUCACCAAGAAGAUGGACGACAGCGCCCUGCAGCUCAACCACACUGCCAACGAGUUCGCACGCAAGCAGGUGACAGGCUUCAAGAAGGAGUAUCAGAAGGUGGGCCAGUCCUUCCGCGGCCUCAGCCAGGCUUUCGAGCUGGACCAGCAGGCCUUCUCGGUGGGCCUGAACCAGGCUAUCGCCUUCACCGGAGAUGCCUACGACGCCAUCGGCGAGCUCUUCGCCGAGCAGCCCAGGCAGGACCUGGACCCAGUCAUGGACCUGUUAGCGCUGUAUCAGGGGCACCUGGCCAACUUCCCGGACAUCAUCCAUGUUCAGAAAGGAGCUCUUACCAAAGUGAAGGAGAGUAGGCGACACGUGGAAGAAGGGAAGAUGGAGGUCCAGAAGGCCGAUGGCAUUCAAGAUCGCUGUAACACUAUUUCUUUUGCCACUUUGGCUGAAAUUCACCACUUUCAUCAAAUUAGAGUGAGAGACUUUAAAUCACAAAUGCAGCAUUUCUUACAACAACAAAUAAUAUUUUUCCAAAAAGUGACCCAGAAGUUGGAAGAAGCUCUUCACAAAUAUGACAGUGUUUAAUGACCGGACAUUGGAUCGUGGACAGUUCAAGGAUGAUUUCUCAGCAGAAUAAAAACUGCUAUCAAAGAGCUAUUGCCAACUAUCAGUGGUGGUACAAGGAUAGUUUUGUGAAAACUAUUCAGCUGAAACCCAGCUGAAUAUAUAAUUGUGUAGGAGAGAAACAGUUAAUAUGGUUAUAUAAUAGCAACAGUACCACACAUUGUAACUAAAUUAUACUAUGUAUACCUACACUACCAUUGUAACUUUUGGAAUAGUGAUUAUACGAUUUGCCUUAUUGCUUUUUGAAGUAUGGGUCUUUUAAUGCAUACUUUGUAGACCUCAAAACCAUGAAGGGUCUCAAAGAAGCUGGCUAGAUAAAAGCCUGCUGUGGAUGCCUUUUUAUUCUCACUGAUUGGGAUUACCUAAAUUCAGUCUGUUCUCUGUUUACAAACUCCAACUAGAGCAGCUAUGCGACUUUGUGCCUUUAGACUCUGGUUUUUUCAUUUCUGCCCCCCAUCCCCCUUAAGUAAGCCACGGCUUUUCUGGUUGAAAGAAUGAAUGGCCAGUGCAUAUGAUGACAAACUGAUGAAAACCUC